UUUUGUAUACAAGUAAACAUUUUGUUGUUUUGUUAUUUGAAUUUUCACACAAAUACUUGACAUCCAAAAUGCCAGAGACAGAGACCGGAAGAGUAGAAAUCGAUGACUUAAGUCUAUACUAUGAGAGGACCGGAACGGGUGAACACGUCGUCCUUCUUCUUCCUGGAGUUCUUGGUACAGUUCAGAUAGAGUUUUCACAACAAUGGGAGGCCUUUGACCUGACAAAGUUCACAUUGAUUGCAUGGGAUCCGCCCGGUUUCGGACUAAGUCGACCGCCUGAACGUAACUAUAAGGAUGCCUACAUUAGAGACGGAGAUCUGAUACUGAAAUUUAUGAAACAUUUUGGUUACGAGAAGUAUAGUAUUAUGGGAUUUAGCGAUAGUGGUCGCACAUCAAUGAUAUUUGCGGCCAGAUAUCCGCAAGUUAUGAGAAAAAUGGUGAUUUGGGGCACCUGUGCCUUCAUCGGUGAGAAAGAAAAGAAAACACUUAGUUUAUGUAAAGAGGUGUCCGGUUGGAGUAAUGAACGAAAGAAUAUCUUUGAGCCGAUCUAUAAAGAGGACUUACAGAUGGUAUGGGGUCGUUGGGUCGAUGAAAAUAACCGUUUGAAAGAUUUCGCCACUCAGUACUUGAAAGACAUAAAGUGUCCGACAUUUAUAUUGCACGGCGAGAAUGACAUCGUGACGCCUAUGGAACCGCACGCUCUCUAUCUUAAGAAAAACAUUUCCGGCGCCCGACUCGUCAUUUUCCCGAAAGCCGCGCAUACCUGUCAUCAGGAAAAAGCCGCAGAUUUUAACCGAUUAGUUCAAGACUUUUUAUUAAAGUGAAACAUAUUUUUUUAUUAGUAUUUUGUUUUGUUUUAAUAUUAUAUAACAUUAUUAUUUUUAUUUUUAUUAUAGUAUUGUAAAAUAUGUAUGACUUAAUU